GCAGAGUCAGUGCGCAUGCGCAGUGCGCAGCUCGACCCGGGCCUGCAGUAGUGGAGCGAUCAGCUGGUCAUGGCGCGGUACCGUGUGCUCUUGCUCUCGCUCUCACUGUCGUUUGUGGUUCAGUCCGUCGUGUCGAUCUCAUUCUACCUGCCGGUGCGCGGCAGAAAGUGUCUACGGGAGGAGAUCCAUAAAGACGUGCUCGUUACCGGAGAAUACGAGAUCAUCGAGCAGCCGAACACGAAAUCCAACCUGAAGAUCACAGACUCCUCCGGACACAUCCUCUAUGUGAAAGAAGAUGCAACCAAAGGCAAGUUUGCCUUCACCACAGAGGACUAUGACAUGUUUGAGGUGUGCUUCGAGAGCAAGUCACCUAUGGGAACUGGAAGAGUUCCUGACCAUCAGAUCAACUUGGACAUGAAGCACGGUGUUGAGGCCAAAAAUUAUGAAGAGAUUGCCAAGGUCGAAAAACUGAAGCCCCUGGAAGUAGAACUCCGUCGGUUGGAAGAUCUUUCAGAGUCUAUUGUCAAUGACUUUGCCUACAUGAAGAAGAGAGAGGAGGAGAUGAGAGAUACUAAUGAGUCCACUAACACACGCGUGCUGUACUUCAGCAUCUUCUCCAUGUGCUGUCUGAUCGGUCUGGCCACGUGGCAGGUCUUCUACCUGCGCCGCUUCUUCAAGGCCAAGAAGCUCAUUGAGUAAACUCUGCCUGAACAAUCAGGGACCCAGAACUUCUUCCUGACAUCAGAAUCUCCGGCCCCUGACAUUUUGCUUUGCCUCGGCGAUUCAUUCCGGUCGCUGCGGGUGGCCUGAAGUUUAUCGGGAGUGGAUGUGCAUCAGGGAAUCCUCUGGGAAGCGAUUGAUGCUUGGCGGCCAAAUUGUCUUUCAGUGCGUGUACAUUUUUGAUACAUGCUUGUUCCGUAUCAUUUGGAAAAAUCACCCAGGUUUUCAAAAAAAUUUUUUGCUUUAUUUUCUUGUAUUUAUACUAAAUGACAGCAGAAGCCCCUAUAACUGAUAAAAGAUAUGCUCCUGUGAGAGAAACUUUGUGGUCAUUGAAUGUGUGUGUGUGUUAAUAAUUACAGUAAUCUGUUCCGCCUAUUAUUUGGAAAGAUGGAAUGAUUGUUUCUCAUGAACAGAGUGAUGUGUUUAGCUGUCUAUAUUAUUUCUCUAAAGACUUAUGUUUGGUAAUGCAAAGCCAUUUUAUCAAAAUGAAGUCCCACUCACUGCAAGGGAAGAGAGAGCGAUCGCACACCAGAGCUACACGCUGUCAUAUAUCAUUCUGACUUUGAGAAAUGUACUAAUUUUUAAGCAGUUUUAUUUUGUGGGGCAGAAUCUCUUUUUAGUUUGCUUAUUAUGGGAAAGUGUGAGUUCAUCUGUGAUUAAAAUCUUUAUUUGUU